AGUUGCAGCAGGCUCAAGCUUCCAGGGGUACACGGUCGUCUUUAUCUUGCAGUCGUGCGAGGCGAUGAUCGUGUACCGCCGCAGCGUGCUCGGCCGCCGGAGCCUGCCCAGCCCGCGCGCGGCGCCGGCGGGCGCGGCUCCGCAGGCGGCCCUGGCAGCCCGCCUGCCCUGGGCGCCGCCGGCUGGGCGGCCGGAGGCGGAGGGCGAGGUGGUGCCAGAGGUGGUCUUGGACCAGCUCACAUACACCUUGGCCUGCGCGGCGGGAAGGCCUGCCGCCUCGCGCGACGCGCUGAGCCGCGUGCUGCAGCUCGUGGCUGGGCGCGGGGCCCGGCUGUGCCUGCGGGCGCGGGGAGCGCUGCCAGGACUGCUGCGGGACGUGCGGGCCGCCGCGGCGUGCGCGGUCGAGGACGGCCGUGCCGAGGAGGUGUGGCUGGUGCACGCGGGGAUCCUGCACUGCCUCGCCCUGGACGCCGGCGGCGCGGACGGCUUCCUGGUACAGGCGCUGCCGGACGUGCUCGAGGUCGCGGAGCGGCGGCCGCCGGAGGGGCGUGCCCCUGGCGGCGCUGGCGGCGCAGCCUCGCAGAGGACGGGCGCCCGGCGCGGGCUUCCGCGUGAGCCCGUCGCCCUCUGAACAGGAUUCGCUGUCGGCGUCGCGGGGGCUGUGGUUCCUUUGAGACACAAGCUCGCCGGCAUGCAGCGGCCGCUGCCGGUGUUGGACAGC